GCACCAAUGAGGUUUAUGGCUAAUUUGUUGAAUAUAGCUAUAAACUUUCAAAAUUAGUUUGAUCUUUUUCUGGUUUUGCUUUUUUAAAUAACUGUUCAGUUUUUCUGUCUUGUCUUGCGAUAAGACAUUUAUAUUAGAAGCUGCAACACACAAGGUUUGAGGGCAUUAGCUUUCUUUUUACUCAGACAAAAUGCUCAGAGUUAUUUUAAUUUCUCUUUUGCAUUUUAUAUUAGAAAUCAGCACGAUGGGUUACGUUCGCAUUAUUAACUGUACAUGGUGCACUCAGCAUUUAAUUUCCUGGAGAAUUUAACUCAGUCAUCUAAAACGUCAAUAAGUUUAAAACUAAAUAUUUAGAUACAGUUUUUUUUUUAUUGAACAAAGACGUUCAGCUUCCUUGGUACUUUUUUAAGUACAUUUGGUUCUGAAUGAUGUUCUGUUUUUCUGAUUCAGAAAUGUGUGUCAUUACCUUUUUAACCCUGAAAGUGAAAUAGCUAAGUAAAAGAGUAUCUCACUGUGUUGUAGUCUGACUGAACAGCAAACAUGACUCUGCAGAAAACCAUUUGUCAACUACAUCCACUUCCUUUGAUUUUAAUAUCUGUCUAAAAUAUCUGUCAGCUUUAAGUGUAUUACCCAGAGUAAAACGUCCAUAUUGCAGAUUGUAGAAGCAGUCAGGUAUGAAACAUGCUAGAGAUUACAUGAAGCACGUUCAGAAAAAGAUCAUGUGUUUUUAGUUUCUUACCUGCAGGUCAACAUAUAAAUUGUCUGAUUUUGGUCACCAGCCAGUUUCUCUGUACAUCUCUAGAUUUAUCAAACUUUGCUAAAACAGCAUAUGUACAAGAUGCUUCAGGAAAUAAAAAUAUUCUACAUGAACUGAGUAUUUUAGCAUUAUUUGUGGCUGAGGGACAAUUGAAUAUAUACACAUUCAUGCUUAAAAAGUUGACCUUGAAAAGGCAUUAGGUUUUUGGUUUUAUUAGAACCAGGCAUCUGAAACACCAAGGUGGCUUAAAAUAACCCUAUUCUUUCAGUGUGAGCUAAACCUGGACUUCAAAAAGGGUAAUUCUUUUCAUUUACUGGAUGCCUGAUGUCACUGAUGAUAAAACUCCUUGUUGUUAAUUGUGUGAAAUAUCCACCCAACUUGACAAUGCUGGUACAAUAUUCUCUUUUAACAGUGGUCUUUUUUUGUUUUGUUGUUGUGUUUUACAGUUCUUUUUCCUGGCUCAGCCAGUCCUGUAUACCAGACCCUGCAGAAAAUACCAUCCAACAGUUUUGUGUCCUGCAGCAAUUUCUCUCUCCAGUGUGCUCUUGUGUUUAAAUGUUUUCCCUGUUGUGUGUCUGAAUUUAGGUCAUGUGAUUUCUGUGAAUAAGUUGCAUUGGGAAUAGGUUGAGACAAAUGAUAAUGAGGUGUUUGGUAAUCUGCGCAAUAUAAAACAUAAAACUUAGAGGUGUUGUGUAUUUCAUGUUAAGCUGAUAGCUUAAAAAAAAAAAUUUAAUCAAGACUCCAUCCCCUGCCAAGGUGUGGUUAAGUGAUGCAGUGUUGAGGUAAGGAUUUUUAGCCUAUGAUGUAAAGCAGGCACGCUACCUACCCUGAAUUUUAUCAUUUAGUCUAACCACUUAAUCAUUCUGAAAUGUGUUUUUGGUAAGUAGACACUGAUAGCUUUUUUUUUUUUUUCUUUUUUUAGUUUUCCUGCCAAAUCCUUAAAAUUCUCUCUGUUGUGUGUAUCUCGAUUUUUCUCUGUGUGCUUUUAGUAGCGAAGCCGCCAGCGUGAGUCGCUUGUUUCAGUAAGCAUCUAAAUGAAAAUUGAGGGCACACCCAACUGGAGAAGCCGAUGUGCUUGCUAACGUUUGGUUCAUGACUUAAAAAACACAUUCAGGAUCUAUUCCUGAUGAGGCUAAGGCUUUGUCCCUUUUGGCCCCAGCAAAUGCUGUUGCAGGGAUCUUGCCAGGCGGAGGCCUUCUCCCAACACCGAAUCCCCUCCCAAAUCCAGCUCUUGGAGCCAACCCCUUUGGUCCUCCAACCAUAGACCCAAUGGCAGCGUUUGGAUUUGCUGGACCCAAUAUGAACCCACAGGCUGCUGAUCAGCUGCUAAAGAUGAUGACGGAUCCAAAACUGAACCCGUUGGCUGCUGGUUUGAACCUGAGUGCGAGCCUGAAGGCCGAUGCGUCAAAUAAAGAGAUUGAAGAGGCUAUGAAGAGGGUCAGAGAGGCUCAGUCACUCAUUUCUGCUGCUAUUGAACCUGGACAUAAGGAGAGCAAAAAGAAACAUUCUCGGUCUCGAUCCAGGUCCAGAAGAAGGAGGACGAGGUCACGUUCAAGACACAGCCGCAGGCGAACCAGGAGCAGGUCAAGACGCAGAUCCAGCUCGAGGAGCAGGCGGCGUUCCAAAAGCCCACGCAGGAGACGCACCCACUCCAGAGACAGGGGCAGGCGAACUAGAAGUAGAUCCAGAGACAGAAAGAAGGAGGAUGUUAGUAGGAGGAGAUCAAAAACGCCUCCUAAAAGCUACAGCACCGCCAGAAGGUCACGCAGUGCGAGCCGGAGGCGCAGGAGAAGUCGCACUGCCAGCCGAUCUCCAAAGAAGUCUCCUAAAAGGAGAGUUUCUCCCUCUCCUUCCCCUCGAAGGCACAAGAAGGAAAAAAAGAGGGAUAAGGACAGAGAGAGGGAACGCAGGAGUGAUAAGGAACGUGUUCGCGAGGAACGAGAACGCUCUACUAGCAAGAAAAAGAAAAGUAAGGACAAAGAGCGGGAGCGGGAAAGAAAAUCAGAUGGAGACAAAGGAGAUAUUAAGAUCACUAGAGAUUAUGAUGAAGAGGAACAAGGUUAUGACAGCGAGAAGGAAAGGGAGGAGAGGAAGGAUUCAGAUGACUCUGCCAUGUCUCCGCAGUCUGUGGAGGGAAACGGCUCAACCCGGCUCGUAAAGCAGGCCAAAGUUAACGGCGCUGAUGAUCGCCACGAAGAAGACAUGGAUGUCAGCGACUGAAAGCUGCUUCAUCCCACUGUAUCCACUUAUUUUGGUUAGAAACAUUCUAUAAAAUUUCCCCCACUUGGGUAAAUCUAAAAUGUGAAGUGUUUGGAAAAAAAAACCUGUUUAUCGUACAGAAACAAGUCUGUCGUUUUGAAAAUGUAUAUUGCAGCGUUGUUUGCCUAAUAACUCAUUUUUCAUUUAUCUUUUGUCAAUCGUACACAUUUAUUCCUUGCCACCACAGAUGUAAUUAGUUUAAACUGGAAGUAGGUUUGCUUUACUACUAUUGAGCUUGUUUUCAAAUUUGUUGCUUUAUGUAUUGUAUCUUUUUUUAGUGUCGUGGUGUAUGCGUCUUUCCUUCUUCUUCACAGAACAGUUGCAUCGUGCUUCUGACCUACAAGUGUUUUAUCAACAAUUUCUUUUAUAUAAUAAAGCCUGUUUGAAGAGCUAA